UGCCAGUAGGUUGUCACCUCAGCGCUUCGGUUCUUGAGCUCACCUCCAUAUCCUCGUUUCCAUGUCAUACUUCCUUCCCCACCUGCCCAGCGGCUGGCACGUUGAUGAAGCCAUCAAAUCCGAAGAGGACCGUGUCGUUGUGAUCCGCUUUGGUCACGAUUGGGACCACCAAUGCAUGACGAUGGACGAGACCCUCUACGCAGUCGCAGAGAAAGUGCAGAACUUUGCAGUCAUCUACCUCGUAGAUAUCACUGAAGUCCCGGACUUCAACAAGAUGUACGAGUUGUAUGAUCCGUGCACCGUCAUGUUCUUCUAUCGUAACAAACAUAUCAUGAUUGAUCUUGGAACUGGUAACAACAACAAGAUAAACUGGGCAAUGAAUCAAAAACAGGAGCUGAUUGACAUCAUCGAAACUGUUUAUCGUGGAGCCUCCAAGGGCCGUGGUCUUGUCGUAUCCCCCAAAGGUUUGACUUUGAUCAUCGUCAGAAUUACACCAGGGCUCAUCAUCACUUUCUCAGAUUACUCCACACGUUACAGGUAUUAGAUUGAUGUCCGCGCCUGUCGCGUUUCUGCCAAAUUAUGUAGAGCAGCAAAUGUGGUGUAUACACGUGUGUUUCCCCCUUUUACUG